AAUCGCGUCUCAGAUGCUGUGGGUUGUUCGACAAGUAUAGACCUUAGGUCACAAGAUGUGUACAUAGAAAUAUAUAUGAUAAAAGAUACGGAUAAAAGGUAAAUAAAAAAGAUAAAUUGAUUACUUUAGUUCAAUCAUGCGAGUGGAAUUACCGGAUUGCAAACGGUGCUGUUGUAUUAUACCUCUGAGAUACGGGAUAAUCGUUUUUGGAUAUCUUAAUUUGAUAUUCGCUGUGCUAGUGGUGAGCUUGGAGACAUGGCUGGCCGUUGGGGAUUCGAAAAAGCUGACGAUGACCAUGUACAGAGGCCUCUCGUUCUAUACUCAGAUGUGGUUGCCCGUGUUCCUUUAUAUAUUGGAGAUAGUCUUCAAUAUUAUUCUGCUCAUUGGUGCUCAUCUGAAACUGUCUAGACUCCUGCGAAUCUACUAUUACUACGGAAUAACAACAACAUUGGCUUCUUUCUUAACAUUAUUCGUGGUGAAACAUCGUCAGAUUCACCAUGACUUUGAGAACACGAUUAUUGAUCUGUCCUUUGUCUUCUGUGGAUUUGCUUUACAGAUAUAUUUGCUGCUUUUGAUAAGAACUGAACUAAAGAAGCUGAGGAGUAACCAGCUCAGUUUUAUUAAUCAUGUAUCCGAAGUUAUGGUGGACGCUCCACAUGGUGGCCAAGGACGAAAUCCUCUAUAGAAUGUUCGUACUGGUAACUAUUACUCCUAUAUAAAACUAUUAUAAAUCUACGCUAAAGAACUUCUAAACUAACCAUUAAUUCAAUCUGAGUAAGGCAGUAAGUGCAGUAAAAUAUUUUUGAACUUCUUUGGUGAUAUGUAAAGCCAGAAAUGAUUAAUUAUUUUUCAAAUUACGUAUACGUGUUUGUCAAAUUAAUUGAAAGUUCUAUUUUAUUUAAUCUUUGACUUUGCGUAUGAACUGAUUAUUUGUGUUGGAGUUCUUUUGCUAAAGAGGGGGCAAAGGCUUUAGCUUGGACCUUGGAGUUCUUUUUUUAAUCGAACAUAGAGUAAUAAUUAUUAAUGCAUAUUGAAUUAUAGUUUUCUGAAUAAAAUGUGUGAUAUUCUUCGCAGACUUCAAUAUUGAAGGUCGUGUUCGUCUUGAUAUGCCUUUACAGAUGUAUAAAAUACCAGACCAUAACUAUACUUCAGGUCAUCUCUUUGUAAUUUUAUAUGUUUUAAUAUAAAUAUACUGGACAUUAU